UGAUACAUCAUAAGCAAGUAGUAGCUGUAUAGUAAAAGUUGUAAAAGAGGUAUAGAUAGUUCCAUGGCAAAGAGCAAGGAAGACAUAAAAUACGCUACAGCACAGGCCAAGUUAUCAGAAGAUGAAGCACUGAGAGUUGCUUACAAGGCAGACACUCCACUCGAAAGUGGAAAGAUUGCAGACUCUCAGCCUGUCGAUCUUUUCUCCGCUGCUCACAACAUCUCGCGUCAACAGGGCACCAUUGCUCACUCUCAGCCUGUUGAUCUCUACUCCUCAGCUCGAAACAUCUCCUCAGCAACAACCGGUGAUCAUAAAGAAGACGGCGAUGACCAGAAUUCGGGUCACAAACUCAAAACUACGUGAGGACAAGCCAAACAAUGCUGCAGAUCAUGUGAUAUUAUGGUUCUUUGUAUGUUUCACCUUUCAAGCAUGUAAUAAUAAAGUGUAAUUGUACUGCUUAGAUAAUAAAGAGUGAGUUGUAUGGAAUAGUUUUGUAUUUUUGUGACUCUUGAGUACUGACAAUCUCCUUCA